AUGCCUCCCCGGAAGCAGUGGAUCGAUAAGAAAAGCGCUACUACUUAUCAACUCUUCCAUCGCUCUCAGUACGAUCCGCUCAUCCACGACCCCGAAGCCGACGACCGUGUUCUCCACCCUGUACAUGGACCGCCAGCUAAUGCACCGAGUACCGCUUCAGCAGGCCGUGCUAAGCACCUGAGCGACCUUGCGAGUGAAUUCGGAUCCGAUGUCGUUCGAAACAAUGAGGGUGAAGCAGCCAACCAUGGAAUCUACUACGACGAUUCGAAGUAUGAUUACAUGCAACAUAUGCGAGACCUGGGAACCGGUGGUGGCGACUCAUACUUUGUAGAGGCCGCAAACAAGGACAAGGGAAAGGGCAAGGGAAAACCCAUAAAGCUUGAAGAUGCACUUGCACAGACUUCUCUGGACAAUGAUGACACAAGCAGCAACUGGGGCGGUCGCAGUACGAUGGGCUCCGCGUAUGGAGCGUAUUCUACUGCUUCAACAUAUUCUCGAAAACCGACCUACCAGGAUCAGCAGAAUGUUCCGGAUGCUAUUGCAGGGUUCCAGCCAGACAUGGAUCCCCGGCUUCGGGAGGUGCUUGAGGCGCUUGAGGAUGAAGAAUACGUAGACGAGAAAGAGGAUGAUGAUUUCUUUGGCGAGCUGACUAACGAAGGCGAGGAGGUAGACCCCGGUGACUGGGAGGACACUUUGUUCGACCAUGAUGAAGAAGACGAUGGGUGGGAAUCCGAUGCCACAGAGAAGGCUCCUGUUCAACCAAGUACUUUGCCUACGAAACAAGAAUCGAACUCAGCUGCAGCCCCGGCCCCUGGAGAACUCCCUGAGCAUGACGCCCCAGCCCCAGAUAUGCACCCUGACGACCAAGACUGGAUGCGCGAGUUCAGCAAGUUCAAGAAAGCCGGAAAGACCCAAGCCGCUCCUGCGGCGCCCGCCAGCGUUGUUCCCUCUGAGCAACGCAGCACUCUCGCCUCCACAGUCUUCACUGCGGGAGGCACACCGAUCCGGCAGAAGAAGCGCAAGGGUGCCCUCACCAACCCGUCUGCCUAUUCUAUGACUUCAUCCUCGAUAGCCCGUACAGAAGGACAUCGUCUUUUGGACGAUCGUUUCGACCGCGUUGAAGCCCUCUAUGCCCUCGAUGAGGAGGAUGAAUUCGAUGACUCAAUGUCCAUGGUCAGCGGCAUGACCGGAAUGACAGAUCUAUCGACCACUUCUUCACAAGCCCCUAACCUCGUCGAUGCAAACGGAAGGGAAAUUGCUCCCCGCCACGACUUCAGCAACAUCAUGGAUGACUUCCUGUCCGGCUGGGAUGAUAACACCAGUGCGCAGGCCAAGCGCAAGGGAGUGAAGAACAAGCGUGGAAAGAACGGCAAUGAGGCGAUUGGUAUUCGGAUGCUGGAUGAGGUUCGGCAGGGACUUGGCCCUGCGAAGCUUCGGGGACAAGUUCCUGGAAGAGCGUGA